UAAGGGAAUUACCACUGGGUAAUCCGUAGACGUGUAACGACAUUGAUCAUGUACAUACGCCAUCUUGUCUCACAGCAUAGAUAAUUAUACUUCAACACAUCGAUCUCCGAAGUUUGGACAUAGUUUUAAUAUUGCUUUAAGACGAUCAUUUUCUUUUUCAAAAGAUGGUCAUGUGAGGUAAUGCCAUAAUAUGUCAAUAAAGAGAAGUCUGGAAUACACCUUCAAGUUGUGCUGAAUCGGGAACUACGCCAUCUACGGCGAAUAUCUGAGGAACCUAACAGCCUAAAGAGAGAGUUUACCCAAUCAGUCUGGAUUACACCUUCAACGUUGUGCUGAAUCGGGAACUACGCCAUCUACUGCGAAUGUCUGAUAGACAUAACAGCUUAAAGACAGGGACUACCAUAUCAGAUCAAUACUCUGAUCAUCAUGGCGGCUAACUUCACCCUAGACCAACAAUGUGAAGGAAAGGAGUGUCAAUCAAUCACAGAUGUGACGUACUACGUGGAGGAGAAAAAGAGACUCUGUGAUGACUGCGCCUCUAAAGAAGGAUGCAUCGCAAGAGUUAAAAGAGGUGUACCAAAUAUUUAUUGUGAAGAACAUAAUGAAAAGGUAAAAUUAUAUUGCAAAUCUCAUGGCGUUCCAUUGUGUUAUUCAUGCGCUAUUAUCAAACAUCAACAGCCUUGCGAGAGACAAGAUAUAAAUGAUGCAAUAAAAGACAAUGGGGCGAGGCUAACAGUUCUAAAAGAAAAAGGGAGGGACAAAUUGAAAGAAGGUCGUCUGUACGAAAAUGAAAUUGACCAAUGCACGAAAGACACAGACACCCAUCUACAAGUUUUGAAAGAUGAAGUUAAUUCCAUAAUCAAGGAGGCGAUCAACAUAGAUGAAGCAAAUGAGAAGAUGGAGGCUGACAAAAUUAAUCUUGCAUUUGAUGGUAAGAAUCAAGUACUCCAAGAAGAGAUAAUGAAGAUCAAUGAAAAGAUUCGAAAGAACAAUGAAGAGAGAGAGAAACAACUUGAAUUAAUCCAUACAAAUGCACAGAUUAGACAAAGACACAUGGACAAUAAGAAGAUUGGUCUUCAUAGAGACAUUGAUAACAUUGUUAAAGAGAAGGAUAGGAAGAUCAGAGAGUUGAUGAAAUCAUUGCAGGAUGAAACAAAAACAAUAGAGAAUGCAAUACAGACCAUAGAUACAGUACUAGAAGACGAUAAAAACAUUGUUAAAGACGGUCAUAGUGUGAACAUGUCAGUGAGUGAUAAACUAAAGAAACCACUUUAUAAGAAUGAUGUGAAACAAAUCACUGAUAUAAUAUCAGGUGUGAGGUUUGUGAAGGGUGUUGGGAGAGAGAAGUAUGAUGGUAGGAUUGGUGGGUAUGAUGGCAAGUGGAUGCUUAGUGAUACAAUCAAUGUCAAAGAUAAAUUCACAUUCCCACGGAUUGUUGGUUGCAUAGAUAAAAGUAAUGUGAUCAUCACCGACUGGUUGUCAGAUAGACAUACAUACAUGUUAGAUAUAAACACUAAACACAUUCAGAGAGUGAUAACAGGUACUGAUACAUCAUUUGUAUUCUCCUGUGCAUUACUGAAUGAUGACAAGAUAGUGUGUGGUAAAUGGUGUAAAGGUUGUACAGGGAACUCUUUAACUGGAUGCAUCAGUGUGUAUGACAGACAAUGGAUGCGCAUCAAUGACGUUACGAACACAACGGACGAUAUCUCAUGGGUGGAUGUAGCUGUUGACCGUGAUGGGAUGAUCAUCGCUGCUGAGUGGGGUAAGUCUAAGAUAUACGUCAUCAACCCAGCUGAUAGUAAGAUCGUGAAUACCAUCAAAUGUAAAGAGGAUGUAGUGAUGCGAGGUGUGAUAUCAUCAGGUCACAUCAUCGCUCAACCUGGUGAUAAGAGAGUACUAAUCAUAGACAGAGAGGGUGGUCAAAGGGAAAUCCCCCACAGUGAUGUCAUCUUGAAUGUCAGUGUUGAUCCUAUAACAGACGACCUCUACGUUGUGACCUCAGAUGAUGAGUACAAGACGUGUAUGAUUGAUCAGGUGAUGAGAGGGAGUGAAGUGAAGAAGAGAAGAGUGACGUCAUUCCCUCUAACAACUAGACUGACUGAUCAAGGGACUGUGGAGCUUAGGAAAUGUUACCUUUUCUUAUCUCCUGUAAUGAUCCCAUCAUCAGGCAAGAUAAUUACUUGUAAUGGAGAUAGUAUUCUCGUCUUCGAAAAGCGACUCACAUUCUAAACGAUGAUAUGUCAGGAUCAUUCACUAUGAUGAAUAUGAGACACACUGACCAGAAUAAUACCAUCUUUGGAUAAUUGAAAUAUCUGUAGCAGUGAGGCCUAAUAAGACCUAAUAACUCUGACCCAUUUCAAACAUCACGGUCAACAAUAGGCAUUUCUUUAAAAAAAAUAAACCCCCAAAACUCCCGUAUCCAAGAACAUGUAUCAGACAUGAGGAAAUAGGUUUCUAUAUCAUUAUUUGAAAAUAGUAUUGGUGAGGUCAUAUUGCAUAUAAUAUU